AUGGCAGUGCUAUACCAAAAAUACAUAACUGAAACUAAUUUCGAAACCCCAGAUCCAAAAGGAGGGCCACCUGUGUGUAACGGCGUCAAAGGCCGGCUUGGGAAGGGCAAAUUAACUGACAGUGACCGAGAAAUGCAUAAUGUGGCAGCUUCACAAUGCAUUUUGUCCAUGCAAAAAGCGUUUCACAGUAUGCAACUCCAACCAGAAGGGUUGCACACAAGGCAUGUUGCUCUAUGGGAUCUUGCAGUUGCUGCCUUGUUGGAACCUUUUUCUUCACGUGUCUCGUUGAAACGCAGGCUUGCCAUAAAAGCUUGGUUUAAAGGGCUACCGUCGGUGAGCUCUUGUCCGGCGUCAUCACCACUAAUGCUUUUGUCGCUCCACCUUCGUUGCCCUUCCACAAUCGCAUAUGUCGCAGCUGCUCCAAACAUCUUUGACCUCUACCUCCUCCAACAAAUUGCUCGGCUUCGUGGGAUGGAAAUGGAUUCCCUCCCCAACGGCAACUCCACGACCUCAACCACAACAAUCUCAGCCACCGCUCCUUCGACGGUGCAGUCGUCAAAACUGACGCAACUAACCGAAUCUUUAAAACUUGAACACCAGUUCUUGCGCGUUCCUUUCGAACACUACAAGAAAACGAUCCGUACCAACCUUCGCGCUGUCGAAAAGGAAGUCUCUUCCGUUAUCUCCGUUGUCAAUGACGCCGCUGAUUCUGAUAUUUCCAAAGACGAUGCCGUUCAGCAUCUCACUUCCCUCGUUUCGAGAUUGCAAGGUCUUAAAAGAAAGUUGGAAGAGGGAAGUAGAGCGGAGAACUUACAAGCUCAGAGGUGUCGUGCAAGAAUUGAUCAUUUAGAAUCAGCUGAUGUGGAGAAUCUGUCGGAUUGGAAUAACAUGCGGAUGAAGAGAAUUCUUGUGGACUAUAUGCUGCGAAUGUCGUAUUACGAUACUGGAUUGAAGCUAGCUGAAAGCAGCAACAUGCUGGAUCUUGUUGACGUAGAUGUAUUUUUGGAGGCGAAAAAGGUUAUUGAUGCUCUUCAAAAUAGGGAGGUAGCGCCUGCUUUAGCAUGGUGUGCUGAUAACAAAUCAAGGUUGAAGAAGUCGAAGAGCAAGUUUGAAUUCCAGUUGAAACUUCAAGAAUUCAUAGAGUUAGUACGAGCUGAAAACCACAUGCGUGCCAUUACAUAUGCUCGGAAGCAUCUUGCACCAUGGGCAGCUACGCAUAUGAAAGAAAUGCAGCGGGUCUUCGCAACAGUGGCUUUUAAGGGCAAUCCCGAAUGUGCUGUAUAUAAGGUUUUGUUUGAACCAAAGCAAUGGGACUACUUGGUAGAACAAUUUAAACAGGAAUUCUGCAGGUUAUAUGGCAUGACUCUAGAGCCAUUGCUGAAUAUAUUUCUGCAGGCAGGGUUAUCAGCCCUGAAAACUCCAUACUGCAGUGAAGAAGAUUGCACCAAGGAAGAUCCACUUUCACAGGAGAGCUUUAGGAAGUUGGCAAUGCCAUUGCCGUACUCAAAGCAGCACCAUUCAAAGCUUGUUUGUUACAUAACUAAAGAACUAAUGGACACAGAGAACCCACCCCAAGUCUUGCCCAACGGCUACGUUUACAGCACUAAGGCACUUGAAGAAAUGGCCAAGAGAGAUAAUGGUAAAAUAACCUGUCCAAGGACCGGUUUGGUCUGCAAUUAUAGAGAGUUGGUUAAGGCAUAUAUAUCAUAA